UAUAUGCCAAAGUUGAAUGAUUAGAAGAGUUUGUUUAAAACUAUAGUAAUAUAGUUUAACCAUUCGUUUAGGCCUUGAAGAACAUUUCACCUUCAUUCUCUCCUCUAUGCCUUUCGACCAUGGCUCUCUCCAUCUCAGUUUCAUGCCAUCUUCCUGCUCAACAAUGUCGUUCUCUUGUCAUGAAGAUCUUCAUUUCCUUUCUUUUGCUACUCCCUUAUGCCAAUCCACUUUCCUUCAACUUUAAUAGUUUCAGUCCAAACAAGCAAAACAUUGAAUUCGAAGGGGAUUCUUUCGCAUCAGCUAACGUUCUUCAACUCACAAAGAAUGAUGCUAUUGACAGCCUCACUGGCAGCAUUGGACGUGCCUCGUAUAAUCAACCAGUGCGCCUUUGGGAUGCUAGCAACAGAAAGCUAACAGACUUUACUACCCAUUUCUCCUUCAUCUUAAAAGCAGUCAAUCUUAGUGAAUAUGGUGAUGGGAUAUCCUUCUUUAUUGCACCAUUCGACUCCAAAAUUCCUCCCAAUUCGAGUGAUGGGUAUCUUGCAUUAUUUAAUCCUAACUCAACCUCUAACUCCUCCAGCAAUAAUAUUGUUGCAGUGGAGUUUGAUAGUUUCCAAAAUGAAUGGGAUCCAAGUGAUGAUCAUGUAGGCGUCAAUAUCAACUCCAUCGUUUCAGUGAAAACUGUCACAUGGAAAAGUAGCAUUAAGAUAGGAUCAAGAGCAAACGCAUGGGUAAGUUACAACUCUACCACAAGAAAUCUAAGUGUUUUUCUAACUUAUGCUGAUAAUCCAGUCUUUAGUGGAAAUUCUAGCCUUGCAUAUAUUGUUGACUUGAGGGAUAUUUUGCCAGAAUGGGUUAGAAUAGGUUUCUCUGCAUCCACAGGGCGUCAGGUUGAAAUUCAUAACAUUCUUUCUUGGAGUUUUGAUUCAAGCUUGGAGACAGGUGGUGGGAAAGGGAAGAAUUUAGGUUUGAUUGUUGGUUUGACUGUAGGUUUUGGCCUAUUGACUUGUGGAUUAUGUUUGUCUUUCAUCAUCAUAUGGAAAAUAAGGACACGUUUGAAAGACAGUGAGGCCAUUGAUGUCACCAUAGAGGAUGAGUUUGAAAAGGGGACAGGGCCGAAAAGGUUUACGUAUCAUGAACUAAUUCGCGCAACAAAUAGUUUUGCUGAGGUUGGAAAGCUUGGAGAGGGAGGAUUUGGAGUAGUUUAUAAGGGAUUAUUAAGUGAUUCCAACAUAGAAGUGGCAGUAAAGAGGGUUUCCAGUGGGUCAAAGCAAGGAAAAAAGGAGUACAUAUCAGAGGUGAAGAUUAUUAGCUGUUUGAGACAUAGGAAUCUGGUUCAACUUCUUGGCUGGUGCCAUGAAAAAGGUGAACUCCUUCUUGUCUAUGAAUUCCUGCCUAAUGGAAGCCUUGAUUCUCAUCUCUUUGGAGGUAAAACCAUGUUAACAUGGACUGUAAGGCACAAAGUUGCACUUGGAUUGGCCUCUGCCCUGUUAUAUCUUCAUGAAGAGUGGGAACAAUGUGUGGUACAUAGAGACAUAAAAUCUAGCAAUGUUAUGUUGGAUUCAAACUUCAAUGCAAAGCUGGGAGAUUUUGGUCUUGCAAGAUUUGUGGACCAUGACCUUGGUUCACAAACAACUGUUUUGGCCGGCACCAUGGGCUACCUAGCACCUGAAUGUGUCACAACCGGCAAGGCUAGCAAGGAAUCUGAUGUUUAUAGUUUUGGAGUUGUGGCCCUCGAAAUUGCAUGUGGAAGAAAGCCAGUUGAACCGAGGGAAGAACCAAGCAAGGUAAGGAUGACAGAAUGGGUUUGGGACCUCUAUGGAAAAGGCCAACUUCUAGAAGCUGUCGAUAAGAGAUUAGGCAAGGACUUUGAUGAGCGACAAAUGGAAUGUUUGAUGGUAACUGGGUUAUGGUGCUGCCAUCCUGAUUACACUCACCGCCCUUCUAUAAGGCAAGUGAUAAAUGUCCUAAACUUUGAAGCUCCAUUGCCUAUCCUGCCAUCAAAGUUACCAGUACCAAUGUAUUAUGCGCCUCCCAUGAAUCUCUGCAAAUUAUCCUACACAUCAUCGUCAUCAACAGGUCUCACAGGUUCAGAGAAACAUCGAACUCAAUGUUCAUGUAGUAGUUGCUCUAAAAAUACAUAUUCAUCAACGUCAGGAGGCUCUGGAAAAGCCUUUUAAAUAGUUCUCAUAAGACUAAUUAGUAUAUCCUCUGCAAUCCAUACAAGUAUAGGUAAAGUAUAGCUUCACCAUGUAACUUGUGUUUAGUUCAGGUAUUUUGUGAAAAUUGUGAUAAAUGGAUUCAUCAUUUGUUUUAGAAUCAUGGUCUCAAUGUACUGUGUUAAACUGAAAAUUAAAGCCUUACCAAACUAAUCGAAUAGCCAGAAUUCGGUUCUGAGGAGUAUUAACAAUGUUGGUGAAAUUUUUAUUGACAUCAAAUAGCAUUUGAAUGCUACCAUUGAUAAAAAACAAAGGAAUAAUCUAUUUUCUUUCAUUUUCUAGUCGAUGUGCCCUCUUUAAAUUGUCUGUCAGCAGUCUCCAUUCAGACAACAGAAAAUUCAAAGAACCUCCAGAAACCUUAUGAAUCUCAUGUUCCGUCUUCAAACCUUCUUUUGUCUUUGUCCAUUACAACGCAUUUCCCCAAACAAAAUCUGGUGGCUUUUUCUCUGGAUUUUGAUAAACUUUGUUGUCGUGUGCGCUAAAUUAUGGUAUCAUCCGAUAUUUUUCCCCUUCGGUUUCUUCAAAGUUUAUAUGAUUUCCAUAGUUUGGCUCCAUAUUUCUAGUCUUUUUCUGAUACAAGGCUACUUCCGCCAUCCGAAUAUUCCCAUUCCCUUUCAGAAAGAUUACAAUAGAAAUUGGACAAAACCUGAUUGUAACAUACAAUAUAAAGGUCAAAUGAUGACCAUAUGAACAUAAUUCCACCCUCGAUUCAUCCGUCUUGAUUCCUUCAAUCUGAAGCUCUAUA